GGGGUUGUCGUCCUAAGCAGCCAAGCAGCCGGGCAGCCAUGUACAGAGGAGCCGUCGGGAGACCACCGCCCCCAGUCAGGGGCAUGGAUCCCGAGUUUGACGCUCAUUGCGAUUCAGUCUUUCAAGAUAUGGAUCCGGAGACCACGGACUAUGCAGAGAUGAAACGAGCAAUAUGGGCUACGUGGAGAACUGCACCACCUUCUGGGUCAAGCUCAUCUCAUGCCCGUCGACAUGACGACGAAGAUGACGAGCUACAAGCAGCGCUCGCCUUGUCUAUCGACCCAGCUGAUGUCAUGACCCGUGGAAACUCAGGUAACUCUCAGCACUCUGAGCCAAAUGAGGACGAUGAGUUGCAGAGAGUGUUGGAGUUGUCGAAGCAGGAAGUCCGAGCGCCCAAACGACAAAGACGGGAGGACACUCCAGAGGAAGAGAGGCGGAUGUUACAAGAAGCUAUGGAUGCCUCUCUCGCCGCGUCCAAAGCAGCAAAGGGCCCUUAUGAGCCAGCUGCAAACGACGUCAAUCCCUCCGAUGCCUUUCCUAGAAAAGAGCGGGUAAGCGAACCCUCGAUACAGUCCAAAAGCGUGCCAGACACCACUGGUUCUGUGAUCCGGAUAGGUGGGGCUACCAUCGAUCGUGCUCAACUCGAAAAAGAACGUCUUGCUCGACAAGCCGCUCGUGCUGCUGCAUCAGCAGAUACAUCAUCAGCCGUUGGGAAACCUCUGGAAGCCUCGCUGCUGUCGACCCCUGCCGCCCCUACUUCUACAGGAGCCGAUAGUGCGACCGACGGUAGAAGCAAGCUCCAAUCCUUACGAGGAAAUGGUGCUGGACCUUCAAAUGUGACGGCCAAGCCUGUCGUGGUUACCUCUUCAAGCAGCGAAGCCCCCAGAUCGGUUCACCCUUAUCAUCAGUCUGGUCCUCUACCUCGCGAUGCUGCAGGAGAAUACUACCUCAACGGCGAGCUUCGUCACUCCGCACUGACGAUCGGUAGGCCCACAACAGAACCCACCUUCUCGCUCCCUCAAGUAAUUGGUAAAACAUCGGAGAUUAAGCUCAUCAUACUGUCGACUUUCGUAUUAGAUGAUGAUUGGCUUUCUGGUAUUUUGCCCGAUCCGCAGAAAGUACCUACGGUCAUCGUCCGACCCCAUCCUAAAGAGAUGCAUUCCACGUACAAUGGGAAAGUUCAAGCACAAGUGACCGGUGAGGUGUUCUGUUAUCCGCUCAUGCUGGAUGAGAGGGGUGCUGCCCACAUGAAAUACGCUUGGAUCUUCUAUAAAACUGGACGACUAAGAGUUAUGAUUUCCACCGCUAAUUUUGUCCCAUAUGAUUGGGACUGGAUCGAAAAUACUACAUUCGUUCAGGACUUUCUUCCUCGCAAACCGACAUCUCCGGCACCCACAACAAAAGGCGAAGAUUUUGUGGCGCAUUUCCGAUCUCUCUUCAUCCAUCUCAAAGUUCACAAAGCUCUUAGAUACCUUAAAGAUCAACAUAAAGCCGGUUCUGAUUUACCUCCCCAGGUAAGCGGCGCAUUCGAGGGACUUGACAAGUACGACUGGUCUCGGGUAAGUGUGAGGUUGAUCAUGAGUGUGGCAGGGUAUCAUCAUGGGUAUGAUCAAGCGGAUAAAUACGGUAUGACCAGAUUGGGAAAGGUCUUGAAAGAUGAAGGGCUGGUUCAGUCAAAAGGAGAGAGAUUGGUAGCGGAGUUCCAAGGAUCUUCUUUAGGACAAUAUAAUAUCGAAUGGUACAAUACUUUCUACCAACUUUGUACCGGUAAAGACGUUCGGGCGCUGGUCGAUCAUCCAAAAUACAAAGAUUGGCCACCUCUGAAGAUCAUUUUUCCCUCUUUGGCAACUGUGGAAGCGAGCGAACUCGGUAAAGAUGGCGGAGGGACAAUGUUUUGCGGGAAGGCUUUUACGGCCAAUACUAAACAUCUGUUUCAUCAUUCGGAGUCAAAACGUGGUGGUGUGUUGAUGCAUACGAAGAUGUUGAUAGGGACAUUUGAGCCUAUACCACGAUCGUUAGGAUUCACCUCUGUCGAUUGCAAGUCAGGAAAACGCAAAGCUUCCGAGAUGGAAGAAUCACCCUAUGGUGGUUGGAUAUAUGUCGGAAGUCACAAUUUCUCCGCUGCAGCUUGGGGAACAAUGAACUUUAAAGAGAAGAGAUUGACAAUACGAAAUUACGAACUUGGGAUUUUAUUCCCUCUCCCGCGGGAUAAAGCUAGAGCGAUGGCGGAUAUUGUUGCACCGUAUAAACGACCAGCGAGACAAUAUUCAUCUAAUGAUAUACCUUGGGAUCAACAUGCUAAUCAUGAUUCUUGAAAUCGCUCUUGAAAACUAGUCUUAGGAUACUUGGACGUUUCUAGGUCAUCCUUGUCGUCGUAGCACAUGUAUUCUCAUAUCCUAUCGGCGCAUUCGAAU